AUGAUUUUGAAGUUAUUUUCAUCCAAUAUUCAACUUGGUGAUUUUGAAGUUGAUAGUACUGCUGGAGUCUAUACUUUAUCUCAAACUGGUGAGGAGUAUUUAUCAGCUAGAUUUUCUAGAGUUCUUCUGGAGAAAUCUACAACUAAUUGUGAAUUGAAAAAUGAAAAGAAACCAACAUUAUGUCUGGAAUGGGAAGAUUUAGUUAGAUUAGAGGUGACGGAAUCAACUCACGAUGACAAUAUUAAUUGUUUUAAUAUAGUGUGGAAGCCUAUUUCAAAUCAUUUUAUACCAUUAGAUUGUUUGAAAUUGUCUGACUAUCAUUGGUACGGCAUGGGAAGUUUAAAAUCUCAACAGUGGCCAUUGGAAGAAAACUCUUUUGAUUUCCAGGCAUAUAUUUCAUCUGAUUUGACACAAAAUGAACAAUUUGGACCAAUGAUUGAAAGAUACUGGAUUAAUUCUAAUGGAGUAGGAAUAUUUGUGGAUAAUUCUGUUCCGUUAUUCGUGAGUUUCAACAACAAACAAGAUAAUUCAUUGUGUUUCAAAUCAGAUUAUGAUAAAGGUGUUUAUACAAGAAAAAAUCAAUUUCCAGUUUUAAAAUAUUCAAUAUGUAAAGCCAAGAAUGUGAGAAAAGUGCAUGAUUAUCUUUCAAAGAAAUGUUUUGAUUUACCUACUGCAUCUCCUGAUGAGGACAUUAUGAAAUUUCCAAAAUGGUCCACAUAUUCUAGAUUUCAGACAAACGUGACCCAAUUUCAUGUUCUGAACCUUGUAAAUAGCAUAAAUAAAAAUGGCUUUUCAUCCAGUCAAAUUGAUAUUGGAGUCGGUUAUGAAAGGGAAAUUGGUGAUUUUAAUUUCAAUGACAAAAAAUUUCCAAACGCUCAUCAAAUGAUUGGAGAGUUAAAAGAAAAUAAAUUUAGAGUGACAACAUCGGUGAAUCCAAUAAUUUCUGUCAAAACAAAAAACUACCAAAUAGCCAGCAAAGAAGGAUAUUUAGUUCAUAAUAAUGGUGCACCUUACAAUUUCAUUUUUCAAUCAAAGAAUGUAUCCAUCAUUGACUUGACUAACUCUGAAGCUGCCAAAUGGUUUAAAACCAAGUUAAAAUCCAUUCUAACUGAUCAUUUAAUAGAUAGUUUUAAAUUUAAUUUAGGUCAAGCUAGCUUCCUUUCAACUCUAGAUAAAACAAGGACAUUUAGUGAAAUACAUAAUCCUUGUGAAUACACAACAAAAUAUGUUGAGUUAGCUCAAACAUUUGAUAGCAGAGUAAUUGUUCAAAGUGGUUAUCAAACACAAAAAUUUCCAAUUUAUAUUGAAAUUCCAGAACACAUUGCCAGUUGGAGUAAAGACAAUGGUCUCCCCAGUAUCAUUCCAACAGUCAUAACAUAUGGAUUAUUAGGUUAUCAUUUUGUGAUACCAGGACCAAUAGGUGGUAUAUCACUUGUCAAUGACAAUAAUAAACUAAAACUUCCAAAUAGAAAUCUUUACAUUCGCUGGAUACAAUUGGCAGCUUAUCUCCCAGUAAUGGAGUUUUCAGUGGCACCAUGGCAGUAUGAUGAUGAAGUUGUGAAAAUUGCUAAAGAAUUUGUUUUAAUUCAUGAAACCAAAGUUCUUCCACAUCUUAUCUUGGCUUCUAAAGAAUCACAAGUAAAUGGAUCUCCAUUAAUACGUCCAGUUUGGUGGAUAGCACCUCAAGAUAAAACAGCAUUAAGAAUAGAUUGUGAGUUUUUAGUUGGUGAUAAUUUAUUAGUAGCACCAAUACUAGAAGAUGUUGCUGUACGAGAUGUUUAUUUACCUGAAGGUAGUCUAUGGGAAGAUCAGUCUAGUUCUAAACGUCAUGAAGGUGGACAAUGGUUAAUAGAGUAUUCAGCUAAUAUAUCACAUAUACCAACAUUUAUUAGACUAAAAACUCCAUUAUAG